CAGCCUCCGCGGAGGGGGCGUGCCUUACACAGCGAGUGGGUGUAACCAGCGGGGGCGUGGCCGGAAAGCGGGGGCGGGACGGAGUGUCCGAGGCCCCGCCCGCUUCCGCCUUCCAGCGCGCGGACGUGGUAGGCGGCCAAGGGCUUUUGGCGGCUUCCCGGGAAGCCGUUAGUCGCGGUUGCGUAGUGAAUCGCUGAGGCUGUGGUGAGCGCUCCUUCUCCCAGCAACUGGCGGCUUCGGCACCGCCUUCCUUCCUAUGAAUCCUUAAUUUAAUGUGGUCAUAGUCAUCUUACGACAUGCACCUCUUCGGCCCCGUCUUGUAGGACCUCGGCCCGGCCUGGAGGGCUUCCAUACAGGUCCCCGCAGGCUCUUUCAGCUCCCGCCGCUUCCAGGCCCGCGGUACUACCGAGACCUCAGCCUCGAGCUCCCCAGGACCGUUCCGACCUCCCGCAGGCCUUCCAGGCCUGAGCGCCUCCCGAUUAGCCCGCCCUUCACCUGCCUCCCACCAGGCCCCUCGUUAGGCCUUCCAAACGCGACCCGCGCAGCCCGCCUCUUACGGGGAAGCCCCUUCCCUCGCCAGCCCCGAGGUCCCGCCCUUUACGGGUGCCCGUGCCACUCGCCUAGUCCCCUCAGAAGCCCCGCCCUUUACAAGUGCCCGUGCCCCUCCCCUCGCCUAGUCAGCUCAGAAGCCCCGCCCUUUACAAGUGCCCGUGCCCCUCCCCUCGCCAGUGCCGAAGCCCGGCCCUGUACAGUGUUCGUGGCCCUUCCCUCGCCGUCUCCGAAGCCCGUCCUGUACAGGUGGCCGUGCCCUUACCCUCGCAGGCUCCGAAGCCCCGCCCCUGAAGUUCCUCCCACUCUCUUCACAGUAACCAGACCACAACACUGAGCUUGGAGCACCAAGAACAGGUCAGGCCCGUCGGCAGGUAGGGCCCAGGACUCCCCCGACCUUGCCCAACCCCCCUACAGCAGGCCGGGGUUUGCCUCUCCCCUGCGACCAAACAGCCUGGCCUCGGAUAUCCUGAGAGCCCAGGAGACCUGUCCCCUGCCAAACCCGCGCCAGAAUCACAGCCGAGACGCAAGACCCAGAGUGAGCCCCACCUUCUUUGGCCAGGAUGCCUUUGGGACGCUUGUCAGGGAGCGCCCGCUCCGAGGAGGGAAGCGAGGCCUUUCUGGAGGGAAUGGUGGAUUGGGAGCUGAGUAGGCUGCAGCGCCAAUGCAAGGUGAUGGAAGGGGAGAGGCGGGCCUACAGCAAGGAAGUCCACCAGCGCAUCAACAAGCAACUCGAGGAGAUCCGGCGCUUGGAGGAGGUACGGGGCAAUCUCCAGGUGCAGAUCAGCACAGCCCAGAACCAGGUCAAGCGGCUUCAGGACAGUGAGCGGCUGGAGAACAUGGACCGCCUGCUGAAGGGCCGGGCCCAGGUGCAGGCGGAGAUCGAGGAGCUGCAGGAGCAGACCAGGGCCCUGGACAAGCAGGUGGGUUCGAGAUGGGGUUCUGCAGAUCCUGCUCACAGGCAAGUGUUGUAACCUCUCUGAGCCUUAGCGUCCUCAUGUGAAAUUGGAG